AAUUUUACGAAGAGCUAGCAAAUAUCCAACAAUUAUAUGUGUGGCUGCGAAAACUGCGAAAACUGCGAUUUUAAAAUAAAAAAUAAAACAUAAACGAAUCGAAAAUAUGUGAAAAAGUUAUGGCAAGUUGUGAGGAAUUAGAUAAAAAUUAUUUAUUCCCAAUUGUAAAGUGAAGAAAUAAUAAUUGUAUCAAAAGAGUGUAUCGUUGAAGAUAAAGGUAGAAAUUUGGAAAAGGUGAAGCCGCCGCAACUGCGUCACUUAUUGGAAAACGGGAGUGAAGCAGAAACGAAAAACGCGAAUAGAGUAAUAGAAUAAAUAAACAUAUAUUGUGUAAAUGUAAGUGCGUGUUUUUUGUUUAGUGAGCAUUUUAAAGUUACCGUAAAAAAGUCAAGAGAAUUGUUGAAAAGGCUAUAAACUGAAUAUUUAUUAAGUAUAGUAAAAAAAAACAGGAAGCAGCAGAAUUUACAGCGCAUAGCAGAAGUUUAAAAGAGUAGAAGGCGAAGGAAAGAAACGUAGCGCUUAAAAAAAGAGAAGAAGAGACAUUGGAAUUUGUUAAAUCACCGAUACAGAUUGAACAACGCGGCAAUUUGCCGUGGCCGUGCACUACUGAUUAGUCUAUAGAAUUUCAACACUCCAAAAAUCGGCAUUAUGGCGUAUCGCAAACCAAACGAUUUGGAUGGCUUCAUUCAAAUGAUGCCCAAGGCGGAUAUGAGAGUUAAAGCUCUUCUGGCCGAAGACUUGGUCACAUUCCUAAGUGAUGAGACGAAUUCAAUUGUUUGCAUGGACAUGGGAAUGCUUGUCGAUGGCCUCAUGCCUUGGCUUACCGGUAGUCAUUUCAAAAUUGCACAAAAAUCGCUGGAAGCAUUUUCCGAACUGAUAAAAAGGCUUGGACCUGAUUUUAAUGCUUACAGUGCAACUGUGCUCCCACAUGUUAUAGACCGUCUUGGCGACAGCAAGGAUACUGUGCGUGAGAAAGCCCAAUUGUUAUUACAAGUUGUUAUGGAGUACAAAGUGUUGACCCCACAAGCGACAAUCGACAAAUUAGCGACAUCUUGCUUUAAACAUAAGAAUUCUAAAGUUCGUGAGGAGUUUUUGCAAACUAUUGUAAAUACAUUGAACGAAUAUGGCACCUCACAGUUGAGUGUUCGCACUUACAUACAACCUAUUAGUGCACUGCUUGGCGAUCCUACAGCAACCGUACGCGAUGCAGCUAUACAAACACUUGUAGAAAUAUACAAGCAUGUAGGUGACCGUUUGCGGGCAGAUCUACGAAAGAUGGAUGAUGUUCCUGCGUCAAAGUUAGCUUCGCUUGAGCAGAAAUUCGAUCAAAUUAAAGCGGAGGGGCUUUUACUGAAGUCGGCAUUGCAAACCACAGCGUCGGCGAACAAUGGCCACGAUGAAUCGGAUAACGUCAGUGUGCGAGAUCGGCCAACAAAAAUUGUUAAACGUACUGUGUCUGCGUCGAUGCGAGCAAAACCAAAUUCUUCAGAUUCUAGUGCUGGUGGGGAUGCUGGCGCCGUAACUAUGGAUAUAUUUGAGUCUACAUUCGAAGUUGUGCCACAAUUAACUAUUUUUCACCCAAAAGACAUGGAUGAUAUUUAUCGAAAUAUUAUUGUUGUGAUUAGCGAUAAAAAUGCUGAUUGGGAGAAACGCAUAGAUUCGUUAAAGAAAGUUCGUUCAUUACUAAUGCUGAAUAUACAAUCACAACCACAGUUUGUUGCGCAGCUGAAAGAUCUUUCAAUACCAUUCCUUGACAUACUCAAGGAGGAGCUACGCUCGCAAGUCAUACGGGAGGCAUGUAUUACAAUAGCCUACAUGUCGAAAACACUACGUAACAAACUCGAACCAUUCUGCUUGGCUAUCCUAGAGGCGCUUAUUAAUUUGAUUCAGAAUUCGGCUAAAGUUAUUGCAUCUUCAUCGAUUAUUGCACUCAAAUAUAUUAUAAAGUAUUCCCAUUCGCCGAAAAUGAUUAAACUCAUUACUGAAACAUUGCAACAAUCCAAAUCCAAGGACAUUCGUGCCACUUUGUGCGAAAUGCUUUGCCUGAUGUUCGAUGAGUGGCAAACAAAAACGAUGGAGCGCUGUUCUCAACAACUACGUGAUGUGCUCAAACGCUCAAUAAGUGACGCAGAUAAUGAAGCACGACGUCAUUCUCGUCGUGCUUAUUGGAAAUUUCGACGGCACUUUCCUGAUCUUGCUGAUCAAAUCUACACCACACUAGAUAUUGCAGCACAACGUGCACUAGAACGGGAGCGUGAUGGUGGCAAUGGUACUAUGGAAGUGGAACGUCGCUCUGCAGCGGCAACCACUCGAUUUCAACGUUCGCCAGGUUCACUACAAAAGCCUGCGGCAGGAAUGCGUAGCGUGUCGGCUGUGGAUACUGCAGCUGCUCAACGUGCCAAAGCUCGCGCCCAAUACUCGUUCUAUCCGCGAAAAAAGUUAAGUACAGUUAACACUGCUGCUGCGUCAGCCAAUUCUGGAACAACAACUUCAGCUGCCACCGGUUCUUUACCGCGUCCAAGGUAUAUGGGAGGUGGAGCAACGUCAACGUCGAACACUGGAGGACAGCUAGCUGCCGGCGUUUCUCCACGAACACGAGGUCGAGCUGGAGUUUCACAGUCACAACCUGGUUCUCGUUCCACUUCACCAAGUUCCAAGCUGCGAGAACAAUACGGCUAUAGGCCAAUAACUGGAACCAUACCGAAGAAAGCUUCGGGCAUACCUCGUUCAUUGACCAGUUCACGCGAAACGAGUCCCACCCGUGUCGCCAUGAAACGGAGUAUUUAUGCCACAAAUAGUUCGGCCAGCUCCGCAAGAAGAACACCUGAUCGUAGCAAUUCGCGUUCCCUAGCGGCAGCACGUAUUUUACAACAAAGUCGUGAGGCGGAAACGGCGUUAGCCGAUGCUCUUUCCCCAGAAGCAGAGAGAGUUAUUGAUUAUGGCGAGUAUUCGCGCGGGUAUACAGCUGGCUUACGAAUGGGUCGUAAAUUGUUGUCGCGCGACGAGUCCGACGACUCCGAGGCAUCGUCGGUGUGUUCGGAGCGGUCGUUUGAUUCGUCAAUGACGCGAGGCAACAAUUCGAAUUAUUCGUUGUCAGGCUCACGAAAUAGAUUAGAUUGGAGUUGCACGCGCGCACCGUUCGAUGACAUCGACACUAUCAUACAGUACUGCGCCUCGACGCAUUGGUCGGAUCGCAAGGAUGGAGUUAUCAGCUUAACUCAAUACCUUGCCGAUGGUAAUCAGCUAACAUCACAACAACUACAGGCUGUCUUGGACAUGUUCCGUAAAUUAUUUAUGGAUCCACACACAAAGGUGUAUUCUCUGUUUCUUGAUGCAGUUACUGAAUUGAUUCUUGCGCAUGCCAACGAUUUGCAGGACUGGCUUUUCGUAUUGCUGACGCGACUAUUUAAUAAACUUGGCACAGAACUGCUCAAUUCAAUGCACAUCAAAAUCGGUAAGACAUUACAAGUUGUACACGAAUAUUUUCCAACCGACCAACAGCUUAAGGAUGUCUUCCGUAUACUCGCCGACACGGCACAAACACCCUGCACCAAAACAAAGAUAGCCAUAUUGAAAUUCCUCACAGACUUGGCAACCAGUUAUUGCAAGUCCACCGACUUUCCAUCUGACGAUGGACCAUUAGCAGUUGAUAAGGCUGUGCUGAAAAUUGUUCAACAAGCUGGUGAUCCAAAAAGCAAAGAUCUACGUGAUCAAGCGCGUAAGUGUCUCAUUGCACUCUACAAUCGCAACACACCACAGAUGACUAAGUUGCUGUCUAGCCUUCCAAAGGGCUAUCAAGACACCGCCAAAGCCAUUAUACAGUCGCAUUUGCGACGCAACAGCACUUCUGGCACAAAUUCGCCAUCUUCACCUCAUUCAAGUGCCAGUCCCAAACCAUUGCAAAGUCCAUCGCUUGGACCCUUCUCUUCGCUACAGCCACAAUACAAUACCACCAGUCCACGCUCAAGGCAAUCCUCCGUGGACCAUGAACUCUAUUCGGAGGCAGAUGUGCAGCAUAAUAUACACAAAACAUCGGAAGAAAUCCGAAAUUGCUUUGGUGUUGGUGUCGGCAUGGAGGCAACAUCCAACAAUACCAGGCAAUACCAUUCGCUCUCCAAUGCCAAUGGCUACAAUGGCUAUCUGCAUGAUCAGCAAGAUUCGUGCGCUUCUUCCAAUUCAAAGACACAGUCCGCCACUACAACCGAAUCGAACACACCUGAAAGCACCACAAUGCGAUUAGAUGCCAACUUGUUGGAGCAACAUCAACGCAUGACCACUAAUAUUGUGCUAACAACAGCAACACCCAAUGCCAACACAGCAGUCGUAGGUGGCACUGCAAACCACGCUUCGCGUUGUAAUUACACCGUCGCAUCGAACGGUGAGCUUUUGCUCGAAAACGGCUUAACUGAAAGCGAAAUUAUACGAGUGGCAUGUGCAUUGAAAGCCGAUAUGUCGGUAGAGCAGAUUCAACAGGCUCUCGCUAAUUUGGAAAUUUGCAUUAAAGGAGGAAAUUGCGAACUCCCCAACAAACAUUUUCGUGCUAUAAUGAAAAUGCUGCUGGGACUGCUGGACUCGCAAACCGCCGAUGUAAUGAUCGCCGUUAUAAGCGUGCUCGGAAAGAUUGUGCGUAGCACCAAAAUGAAGGAAACCUGGAUCAAUUUCCUCGAGCUGAUAUUGCUGCGAAUAAUAAACUGUUACCAGCAUAGUAAGGAAACGGCUCGCGAAAUCGAUUUGAUUAUACCACGCAUCGUAUCAUCAUUGCCGCUGAACGCCACCAUCAAUAUUGUAAAUCCUGUUAUUGCGACUAGUUGUUAUCCGUUGAACUUGUGCGCUGUGAAAUUACUCACUGAGUUGGCAGAUCGUCACGGCGGCGAAUUGACCGAAUUACACUUAGACAGUAUAUUCCCUAAUUUGGCACGUCUCACCGACGAUAGCGAAUCCAUGGUGCGAAAGGCCGCCGUUUUUUGUAUCGUAAAACUUUAUAUAGUGAUGGGCGAAGAAAGGGUGAAGCCGAAAUUGUCGGUGUUGAAUCCAAGCAAAGUGCGUUUGCUAAACGUUUACAUUGAUAAACAGCGCAGCAACAGCGGGGGUGGCAGUUCAACGAAAAACUCAUCAGCUUCAUCGUCAUGAUUGCGUCGCACGUAGAUGGCUACUGAUGAAGUUGUGGAUGAAGAUCGACGGCAGUUGCAGCAAUAACGAUACCAGCACCAAUAAAAGGCAAUAGAUAAGACGCUACGCCACUGGGUCCGUUUGUUAAAGAUUAGCCGUUGAGUGUGGACGGUGUGUAUGUAUGUGCGUGCGUACGUGUUGUAUGUGUAUUUGUUAAAAAAAAAUAUGUAGGUAAAAGCAUUAAAUGCAGUAGUAUAACACAGAAGCAGCUUACAGCGUUACCAAAGUGGAGCUCCAGAAAUGUAUAUCAAAAAUCUUUUGAAGAUUUCCUUACAUAUAUUAUACAAGAUUCGAAUUAUUACACAUAUGUAGGCAAAUUGUAAAUUAGCAUAACCGCGGUAACAUUACAGUAAACAAACAAUCAGAGCAAAGUUAGCUUCCCAACAAAUUCGCAGAUACAAAUCUUUGUUGGAUAUUGGCUAAAAAAUAAUAAAUAUGUACCACGCUUUGCAUUUAUUCUAAACUUAGUUCGACUCCACUUUGGUGUAAGCGUGACAGCUUAUGAAAGAACCAACUGCUUGGUGAGUUUGCAAUAGAAAUCUAAACAUGCAUUUGCAUACUUUUGCUUAUAAAAAAAUUAAAACAAAAAAUGACAUGUAAAUUGGUAAAGAAAAUACAUUAAUUACUAGAGAGCUGCAUAAUUGUAAUUUGUUAGUUAUAACCAAUAAUUAAUACGAAUGGAAAAAAGGAACUCAUACUCAUUUCCUGCACAUUCUUUUCUUAACUAUAAUUUUUGUAAACAUUGCAACACUUUCCAGUACAUGAGAUAUUGUCUAGCACCCUUUGUUGCAUUUAAAUUUGAACGCAUAAAACAAAUACUUAUAUUUGAAUUUUGUAUUGUUCCCCUUAAAUAAUAUCUGUUUAUCUAUUUAAUUUUCUCACCUACUUACCCAGCCGUGUAACUCUGUUUUUUUUAAUGUGUAUUCUAAAGAUUUUAGUUUAAUGUAUUUACGUUCUCAGUAUAAUUCUUUUGUAUAUUUUGCGUGUAUUUUUUUUCUUAAGACUUUUUAAUUACUUGUCUUUCAUGUAAUUAUAAGCCUAAUGAUUUUCUCACAAACGAUAUUUCGAAAUUUUACACAAACGAAAAUAUUGAUGUUAAAUACAUAAAAUAUAUAAAAAAAGAACGAUAAAAAUACUUUUAAUUUUUAAUUCGAUAAUCCUACAGCUAAGUUAUGCGUACAUAUAUACUAUAAUAAUAAAUUUUCCCAAAGUUCAUGGGUGGAACACGGGGCCUCAAAAUAUACUAUGAUAAAAUAUGCACUAAUUCAUUAAAACUGGAAAUUUCGCAAUAGAUGUAUAUAUGUAUAUGUUUUUUUACUUGACGUUUUCUUGGCAGUAAUACCUGUGUUUCAGAUUUCCCUAGCUGCAGUUGGCAAUGUAGACAAGCAUGAAGUGGAUUGCUAUGUGGAUUUGCAUAUAAAAUUAUUCACUUCAAUCUGUUUCUCCUUUGCUGUAUUCGAUAUAAUAUUUUUUGUAACUAAUUAAAUAUAAAAGUACAUUUUUAAAACUAAUGACAGAGGCGUUUGUAAACACAUAAUUUCCGAAAAAAUUAUAAUAAUACCGUGUAACAGAAAUGUAACCAAAAAACUUUAUGAAAAAUAGCAGAAAAUUGAGCAGUAAUAGAUAAUACAAGUUAUUAUUAAUAUACUUAUAAAAUUAUAAAUAUAAAAACUACAUAUACACAUACAUAUUUAAAUUUCGUUACACACUUUAUAUUGAUAUUUGUGAAAUUUAAUCGAAAGAUGGAAGAAUUAAAGCUAAAUAGUAUGUUAAUACAUUUAUUAAAUAAUAACAAAAUUUACAUACAUAUACAUAUGUAUGUAUGUAUGAAAAAUACAAAGCUGUAGUAGAAGUGGUAGAACCUAUAACCAAAUUAACUAUACGCCAACGCUCCAUGCGUUGAAGGAGAAAAGCGCGCAUUUUAAUGUAAUUCAAAAAUAUUUAUAACAAUCUAAUAGAGUUGCAGAUGUAUAAGACAUGGAACGAAAUUCAAUAAAUCACUAUUAACAUGCGUAAUAAACAAAUAUUUAGACUAGCUUAGUUUUUCAAAAUAAUUGAAAUUUGAAUAAACAAAUAAACAAAAAUAUCUAAACACUA